AACCACGAUGAGGAUUUGAUGAGUUAGUUUGAGUUGUGCCCUCCGUUUGUUCGCAUCGUCCGUCAGUCCGUGCCCGUCGGUUCCCGGUUCAAACUGUUCUAUUCGGUUGAACAGAUCUUCAGAGCAUUGCCUUAGUUUUUGCUUCUUGUGAGCUUUGGCCACCCGCACGUUGUUCGUACUUUUUUUUUUGGGGGUUCUGUUUGCGUGAAAGUGAAGUGGUGCUUCUUGUUCAUAUUAGGGCAAAAAGUUUGGAAGAGUGGCCGGCAUUUUUUUUUUUUUUUUGUGGUGCUACUACAAGGAUUCGUUUGGCGAGCAGUGCAGCAGAAGCGAAGAAACUGUUAGGGUGUGUAAUCAAUCGAGUAACUGCCACCCACCCGGCCCGAGAAUGCCGACAGAUGAUGAACGGCGAAUCAUCCCGGAUGUACCACGCGGUCCACUGUGCGAAUACCGGAGCAGAGCCAAAUUCAACUGGAAAGACUUCAAACUGGUUUUGGAAAAUUCAACGCUAGCUCGAAUAAAGUAUGAUGUGUGGAGGAAACUGGAAUCAGAACCCCUAUUCACACCCGUUACCUCCACAUUGACCGCAGAUCAGCAAAAAGAACGAGCAGCAAAGCAGGUCAAUCGAGUGGCAGAUCUGGAACUGGCCCCAGCAGAAGUGUACUCCAUGGACUACAAAUACCGGGUGCGGUAUCUGAUGAGCAUCAACGAAGCCCUGCACUCCGUAUGUCCAAGCAUGUCCGUUAAAAUCGCCCUGGGAGUAGGACUUUUCACAAACUCUCUGCUGGCCAUGGGAACCGAGCGACAUUCAGCGGUCUACAACGCGGCGUGGAACCGGGAGAUCAUAACGUGCUUGGCCAUCACCGAAGUCAGUCAUGGAAGCAACACCAAACGGUGUCGCACAACCGCAACUUAUGACCCCAAGACGCAGGAGUUCGUCAUCAAUACGCCGGACUUCGAGGCGGCUAAGUGCUGGAUCGGUAAUCUGGGAAAGACAGCAUCGAUAGCCCUGCUGUUUGCGCGGAUGUACACCAGCGAUGGGGAUCACGGUCUCCAAGGGUUCCUUGUGCCCAUUAGGGACCCUAAAACAUUACAACCAUAUCCCGGCGUGAUCGUUGGUGACAUCGGCGAAAAGAUCGGCCUGAACGGAAUCGACAACGGGUUCGUCAUGUUCAACAACUACCGGAUACCGAGGGAAAAUCUGCUGAACCGGACCGGCGACGUCACACCGGAAGGAGUUUACGAGUGCACGUUUACGGAACCGGGAAAAAUUCUGGGCGCUGUGCUGGAAUCGUUCUCUGCCGGACGUCUGGGUAUCAUGCAGGAAUCGUCCAACACGCUAUCGCAUGCGGCGGUAAUAGCAGCUCGGUACGCCGCAAUUAGGAAGCAGUUUGGACCGGAGAGGGAAGGACCGGAACAGUCAAUUAUUGAGUAUCAGUUGCACCAAUGGAGAAUCUUCCCGUACUUAGCUGCGGCGUGCAUACUUAAGGUCUCCGUACACGCCCUCACCGACAUCUACCUGGAAACGGUUCAAAAGUCCCAAGCGGAAUCGAACGGUUUCGAGCUGCUGACGCAAAUCGUUUCGGAGAUCCAUGCUCUGGUUUCCUCUUCGAAGCCGCUAGUCACGUGGACGGCACGGGAUGCCAUCCAGGAGUCUCGUGAGGCGUGUGGUGGUCACGGUUAUCUGAAGGCGGCCAAUUUGGGUGAACUGAGGAACAAUCACGAUCCCAGCUGUACUUACGAGGGUGAUAACAACGUGUUGGGGCAGCAGGCAUCUAACUGGUUGCUGAGGCAGUGGAAGGGAGCGAAGGUGGAGAGCCCCGUGGGAACGGCCAACUUUAUAGAGCGGAGGGAUGAAAUUCUGAAGAAUAGCUUUGAGGCCAUCGUGAAGAGCGGCUGCAAGGUGGAGAGUCCGGAAUUCGUCACCCAAUGUUACGAAUGGCUGAUGUGCUGGCUUCUGCAGUCCACCGUAGAUCAGGUUCAGCUGUCCAGCGACAAUGGCGCCGACAGGUUCAAAGCACGAAACGACUCCCAGGUGUACCGGGCGAGAGACUUGAGCCGAGCCUACGCCGAGUACUACGCACUUCUGAGCUUCAGGUCGCGCUGCCAACGGGGUGACAUCUCCGAGGAACUGAAACCAGUGCUGCACAACGUGCACUGCAUCUAUGGCAUGUGGUGCAUUGAUCGUCACUUGGCCUCGUUCUACGCCGGAGGCUUCGCCUCCGGGCCACCUUUUGCAGAUGCUAUCCGCGCAACGCUGCUUCAGGCCUGUGGACAAUUCAAGGAUGCGGCAGUCUCGGUAGCGGACGCUCUCGCCCCGCCGGAUUGGGUUCUUAAUUCGGUGAUUGCCAAAUCGGACGGACGGUUGUACGAAAACCUACAGAAUCAAUUCAUGACCAAUCCGGGAGCGAUGGAAAGGGCAUCCUGGUGGAAGGACAUCAUACCGACUAAGAUGAAGAGCAAGCUGUAAAAGGCUGACCAACCGUUUCUUUUAUUUACGGGUUUAUGAAAGCGAAAGCCGAAUGUAUGUGUGUACGUGUAAUAGUGCAAUCCAGUCAAAGUUGAUGUAGUUUGGAAUUAUCGAAGAUCUCGAUUCCUUUCCCUGGAGCAUGUGUCCCAUUCACGAGGAAACUAUCAGUGUAUCCGAGAAGACUUACAAUGUUGUACCUACCUUCACCACAACGGAAGGACACUUCCCGAUCUAUUCAACUAUUUCAUACACACCACCACCAAUCCAUCGUUGAUUGCAGCGCAGGAAAAAAAACGGCUGAAAAUCAAGCAAAAAUGUGUCUUAUCUAUGAAUCUUAGGUAUUUAUACGGUAUAGAAUGAAAUUUAGGCAACAAAGUAGUAAAAACGAAUCCCUUUCUAUAUACAACCCACGAAGAGGAAAUCUUUACAACAACGUUAAACGUAUUUUCUACACUAUUGAAUUUUCCAUAUUUUUACCGAAUGUUACUGUUUCCCAGUCCCAACGAUAUCGAAUCCAAUUCUAAGAGGUCUGUUUCCACUUAUCUGUUACUUUCUAUGAUAUUUCAUUACAUCGAUGAAAUGCAUGAGCUUAGUUCUGUUAAUACAUCGAAUGAAUUAAUGUCAACAACUUACAUGAUAUUGCUGUAUAAUGAGUGUUCUGUUUCUGCCGAUUAUUAUACUUAUGCCGAAUUAAGAUGUUCUAUUUUUUAGUUUUUAUUGCAUAUUUUAUUAGGUGUUACUUGUCUCCUUCGUGUGAAACGGUAAAGACGAAGCAUGAGACAAACAUAAACUCACCCUGGUGUAAACUUUUGGAAACAAAACAAGAAAAUAUCUUCUAAGUGAGCAUUUACAGUGACCGAAGUAAAAAUCCAUAAUGUGAGCCAUGUCA